AUCUCCAUUGAAGAAUGUCACAAUUUCUGAACAAGAAGGAAGAGCGUUCAAAUUUGCCUAUCCCCUUCCUCUUCUUCAUGGCUCAAAUUACAUUUAUUGCUGCUGUUUGUGCUCUUCUUCUAUCACAGUCCUUUAUAUCAGGAGUGCAAGGAACAAGCUUUACCAUAGUAAACAAAUGCAAUUACGUGGUAUGGCCUGGAGUUCUCUCAAACGCGGGAGUUUCCGCAAUUUCCACCACAGGUUUCACUCUCCGAAGAGGUGAAUCCAAAACCAUUAGCGCACCGGCAUCAUGGGGAGGUCGUUUUUGGGGAAGGACCCAUUGCUCCCAAGAUUCCGCCGGUAAAUUCUCAUGUUUGACGGGCGAUUGUGGUUCCGGGAAGCUAGAAUGUUCAGGGAACAGCGCUGCUCCGCCUGCCACUUUGGCUGAAUUUACCUUGGACGGUGCCGGGUGUCUUGAUUUUUUCGAUGUGAGUUUGGUUGACGGUUACAACGUCCCUAUGUUGGUGGUUCCCCACGGCGGCACAGGGCAAAACUGUACCUACACUGGCUGCGUGGUGGAUCUAAAUGACUCGUGUCCUUCAGAGCUGAAGGUGAUGAAGAGAGAGGGCGGAGAUGGGGUGGCAUGCAAGAGCGCUUGCGAGGCCUUCCGCCAGCCUCAGUACUGUUGCAGCGGUGCGUAUGGGACACCGGACACUUGCAAGGCGUCAUCGUACUCGGAGGUGUUUAAGAGAGCUUGCCCACGCGCCUACAGCUAUGCGUAUGAUGAUAAAAGCAGCACAUUUACAUGUGCCAAAGCUGAUUACACCAUUACUUUCUGUCCUUCGCCGAACACUAGUCAGAAAUCAUCAUCAGAAGGGCAGAACACGGAAACACCAUCAACAACGACUCUAAUCAACAGCACAAUGGUAUACGAAGGUGCAUUGGACGAAAGUACAGCAUCACCCUCCAUUUUCACCCACGUGUUCGGAUCACAAGCAAUUGCUGUAACCUUCACCAUCACAAUCGCCAUUUCUUGCUCAUGCCAACUACUCUUUUAACUUAAUUUCUCUAGGAUAGGGACCGUUACAUAUAUUUACAAUACAAGUCAUAUUUUCUAGCCUUUUCUCUUUUAAGUAUAUAUUAUAGGAGGGGAUGGGAUUCAUUUCAAUGUAGGUUUUCACCUUCAGGGAAUCUAUUACUUACAUUAUGUAUACUUCCAGAGAGAAAAAUUUUAAAAUUAUAACUUUUUUUCUUGAUAUUUUAUGCAUUGUAGUCAACAAGGGGUACUUACCCAAA